CAUUUUCCCUAUCAAAUCCCUAUAUAAAGGCAGUGGAGCACUGUGAGUAGGACUGUGUUCAUCAGAACAGAACUACAGAUCAUUCACAGCUACGUCACCCACCUGUCUAUUUUCUUCCAGCUUGUAUCUACAGAUCCAAGAUCCAUCAUGGUCUCCUUCCCAAUGGCAAAGCUAAUUCUUGUGGCUGCUCUUUCCUGCCCAACUUUUGCACAAAAGUGUGAGAAUGCCUGCCCUCCCGGCUGGAAAAGCUUUAAUUAUCACUGCUACAGGUAUUUUGGAUUUCUCAUGGACUGGGCCCAAGCUGAGAGAUACUGUGUUGGACAAGGAGGAAACCUGGCCUCAGUGCACAGCCAAGUGGAAUAUAACUUUCUCCAGAAGCUCACUAAGAACACCCUUCCAUUCUGGAUAGGACUGACAGACUGUCAGAGGGAGGGUUACUGGAUUUGGUCAGAUGGAUCUAAACUGGACUUUCGCCACUGGAAUUCUAGGGAGCCAAACAAUUUAAAUAGAAACGAGGACUGUGUGCAUGCAAACUGGGCUGUGCAGAAAAAGUGGAAUGACAUCCCCUGCUCAAAUCGGUACAGAUUUGUCUGUUCCAAGCUUCAAGAAGGAGAGAAGUGAGGUGCUGGCGAUGACAAGAAAAGCAGCUCUGACCAGUCAGAAGCAUGCGGCUUUAAAGCUUUGAUUUUUCAUCCUUGAUUACAGUUAUCUCUGUUACCUCUAUUCCUCAAAUAAAGCCUUCCUCAGCAUGUUA